CUAUGAUUUGUUGUACGUAAAUUGAACGAUACUUUGUAGAAUCUGAAUGAUUUAUAGCAUGUAUUAUUUUACGGCUUAAGGAAUUCCGAGCAUGUUUGUUCGGAAAACGUGCUAUAUAUGAUUAACGUUGUAAACAGAGAUGUUGGUUUAGUUCUGGUAAUGAAAGGUAUAUGUAAUUUCCUUGUUUUGUAUCAUCUUUUUAUGGUGGAAUGGUCAGUCUUAACAGAGAUUUAAAUACGUCAGGCAGUACCUCUUCAAAAUGUGAUUCUCAUACAUAUUGUACUAAAAAUUUAUUGAAUGAAGCAAUUACUUAUAAAUAUGCAUUUAUUAGGGAGCUGUAUUUUUUGAUUCGCCUUAUAACAUGGAAGAAGAAGACCCUCAUCUACAGAUAUUAACUUCAGAAGAAGUAUAUUUUAAAAAAUUGGAUACUAUACCAAUUGUGUCUGUUUCCCUUAUAUUUAGUGUGUCUCUAGAAAUUAUUGGGAUUAUAUUUAUAUCUGUGUGGCCUGAAGAAAAAAAUAAAUGUGAUACAUAUUUUAUAUACUUGUAUCUUCACUGUGCAUACUGGCUGAUAAUUAUGUUGACAGAUCAUUUUGUAAAAGCAAAGCAUCACAAACUCCGUAUUUAUGGGUAUCUUGAUUUUUACCGAUCGACAUAUCAGCAGAUAAGGACACCUCUUUUCAUAGCGUCAUUAUGGAUAACGUGUUAUCUAUUAUUGGCUGUGAUUUUGCAUCACACGCAUAAAGUUAAUUACGAACAAUACUGUCAUGCUUCAGAAUGGUUCACUCCUCUAAAUUACAUAGUGUUGUUGACCACAGUAGAACUUACAAUUAUUAUAUCAGUUUAUAUACAUUACAUUAGAAAAGUUUUGCGAUUCAAUCGAUUACGUCCUCCAGCUGAUGUUGCUAGAGAAGAAUGGACAUCUUCUUUUACUCAAGAUACAUAUGCAGGUAGCAGUGAAGUAGGUUGCUAUCAUAGGAGAUCUAAUUUGGAAGAAUUGCUUGAAAUGCAGGCUGAUUUAAUAAGAUAUUUAAGAGAUCGUAAUGAUAAAUUCGGUCAUGCAAUAAUGUUGUUCGCAGCUCAACGUAGUUUACCUGAAACAUAGGGUUGUGCCCUAUAUAAAGUACAAACUUAAGGUAAAGCUUUCUCAUUUUUAUUUGAGGACUAUAGUUGAAAGAAACAUCUUUAUAUUUUAUGGAA